AUGGUUUCAUUGGAGGACUUCUUCUUCCGAGGUCUGGGACGAGAAGGAGAUACAAGCAACGCUGUAGGCUCUAACGUAAUAGCGGCGAAUGUUAACCUGAUUGCGGGGCUUAACACACUGGGGAUAUCGUUGGUCCGAAUUGAAUUCGCAGUGGGUGGAAUUAAUCCUCCUCACACCCAUCCAAGAGCCACUGAAAUCUUGCUUUUGCUUGAAGGCCACCUCUGUGUCGGCUUCAUCGAUACUGCAAACAAGUUUUAUAUCAAGAUUUUAAUGAAAGGAGACGUGUUUGUGUUUCCCAAGGGAUUGCUGCAUUUCCAACAGAAUGUGGGACAUGGAAAUGCAGUGGCCAUCGCUGCCUUGGGCAGCCAGAAUCCUGGAGUUCAGGUUUCUGCCAAUUCUCUCUUUGCACGUUGA